AUGGUUGCUUCCGCAAUGUCCAGAGUUCAUGCCGUUGAUGUACUGGUUGAUGAUAGUGGCAUAGUAGCUCUGAUACAGACAUUGAAGAAGCGGAUAAAUGGCACUGAUGAUCAUAGAUCCUGCUUUUGGGGUAAAGCAGUUGUACUUCAAUCUCACUGCAGCUUAAGUGGUCUCGGAAAAAUAGCAAUAGUGCUGUAUGACAUCUGCGGAGCCAUCGGUAUACCUGUUCAUUCAUCGUUCUUGAAUUAUACAAACGCAAUCUGCCUUCCGACUCAGCCAUGUUUGCGACUAUACGCUUUGGCAAGACACAAGAACCAGUCUAUGUCGAGUCAUUCGAAUCGUCGCGAUCGAGUCGGUAAAUCUUCUGGUCAUAUACGAUCUUCCAAGCCAUAUCGUCGCGAUGGUGGAAAUGAUUCAUGCAUGGGUCGCAAUUGCAUCCACAGCUUGCGACAGAUCUGCAGGAACGGGAUACUGUUGACGACAGCGGAGGCGGUUGAGGUUCAACUUAGGAUGCUCUGCGCCAAUUUAGAUGGUCUGCAGAAGCUCGCGAUAAUUGCGAACUUGAAUAAGCAUCUUACACCGACCCGUGCCUUGAGUGCUCAAGCCCAAACCCACAUCGCAGUUUUGAGAAACUCUUCUGGAAAGGUUUCGAUAGACUUUUGA